UUGACGACUGGGUAUCAAGCCACAACCGCCCACUCGCCACAACACACUCAGCUAUGAGUUUGUCUUCGAAAAACACCGGAAAAACAUGGAUUAUUCCAGAUCCAGUGAUUUCCAGUGGAAUGCAAUGUGUAAUUGGAGGUGUUAGUUCCCUUCUGAUGUUUCCUUAUAAAGUGCAGUAUGAUGACAAAGAAUAUGAGUCAGAAAUGAAAGGUAAAGUCAAAAUGUAUGAAGUGAAGUCUUACUCAUGGCUGUGCAGUCGACAAGCAAGAAAAUUGAUAAAUGAAUCCAUGGGAACAUUUAUUGCACUGCAAGCUGCUGUAAAACAAGCUGGGCCUGACAAUCUUAAACCUGUGCUUGUAAAAAAAUGCAGAGAAUACAGAUCAAUGAUCCAAGCAUGUGUUGAAGAUAUAAGCAUGGCCCACGAGUGCGAAGAAGACCAAGGAGAAAUGAAGGCUAGUGGACAGUUACUUUACAAGAUGGAGCUCAUUCUUAGUCUCAUUGAAAUUCUGUUUAUUGACAAGAAACCAGGUGGACUGAUAUUAGGACAGCUGGUUUUGUGGAUUCGCUCCCACUUUACGCAGUGUCUAGAGAAUAAAAAUGAAGCUAUGGAAGCUGAACAUCCACACCAGCACGCAUCAUUCUGGGAAGCUGUAUAUGGACUGGUACUUCAGGGACGAAUGGAAGAUACUCGUCAUAUGUUGGCAAAUCAUCCAAGUGCUGACAGUGAUCCUUUCCUCUCGAUGGAUGAACUUCUGAGAAAGAUGCCAGUCUAUCAGGUGUAUGGAGGCGUUUCAGUUGCAGAGUUCACAGUACGCUGGCAACACUGGCAAGAUGAAUGUGAACGACGCUUGCAAGAAGGACACUUUACUACUUGCCAUCAUUUGCAAACAGUUUGUAAGAUACUUUGUGGAGACCUAAACACUAUUAACAACUUGAGUGAUCUGAUGGACACUUGGUAUCAUUUAAUGGUAUCUUCCUUACUGUUCACUUGUCCAACAGUGAAACUUUUUCGUUUAAGCAGUGCUGCGCAGGAUGCCAUUGCAUGCACUGGUGGAGAACAGAGAACAACACCAUUAGAUAAUGUAUUGCUUGCUGCCAUGGAAGGUGAUUCUCAUCAGGUAAUCAAAGAAUGCCAGCAAGUCUUUGACAAUACUUGGUUUACUGCUCAUGUCACUGACUUGUUGAAUCACACUAUGGAGCAGAAAACAGAUGAAAAAUUCUUGCCAGAGUUGAGGGAAUCCCUUCUGCUGGACUAUGCCAGCGAGUUGGUGAGCCACUCUAGUUUGUGGCAGGUUGGGAUCUUAUACUUGGACCACUGUGGGCCCUCAGGUAUUGCCAUGUCACAAAUGGUGCUUCAGAGGCUCCCUCUCACUGAUGACUUGCGUGCACAUAAAAUUAUACAGAUGGCCAGCGACAGAAAUUUUGACAAUGUUGUGGUUGGUGUGUGUCGGGUAAUGGGCCGGCGUGCACUGUCUCAAGGACGUCUGGGUUCCGCUAUCUGGUGGGGGGUACGAUCACGAGAUGCUGCCUUCACUUCAUAUCUUGCUCACCAGAUUACAGGUAAAUACAGAGAGUUUCAUAUGAUGUACCAAGAUGGCAACUUCCAAGAUGCAGCAACACUUCUUGUGUCACUGAUCUCAUCCAAGCUGGCCCCUGAAUAUUUCUGGCCAGUGUUACUUCUGGAUGCUUUGCCAUUACUAAAGAGUGAAGAGCCUGUGAUAUCGGCAGAACAAACAUAUGAGUUGAUGUAUUGCCUGCAUAACCUUCACAGUCAUGCUAGCAAAAGAAGUAAACAGAAUACCCUGGAAGGUGAAGCAGCAAGCUCUGCAUUUAUAGAAAAGGAGAGAGACAUCAGAUUGGCAUUGUCAAACAAUUUGGCCCGAGCAAUCAUUCAUGAAGGAUCCAUAGACAACUAACAUCAGAAAUAACACCCCAAAUAUUUUUAUUUCAAAUGCUUUCAAAAAAAAAAAAAAAAAAUGAGUUAUUUAAUCAUUAAAAUAUCAAGACGU